AUGGCAGACACCACCAAGAAAGAGCGCAUCUUCAUGACCGGCGCCAGCGGUUAUAUAGGUUCGCGCAUCACCGAAUUCGCAAUCGCCCAAGGCUAUGAAGUCUACGGUCUGUCCCGUUCCGAAGCCAGCGACGAGAUUCUGAAGAAAUUGGGCGCUGUACCCGUCCGCGGCGACCUAACCACCCUCGAUGUAAUCCGUCGUGAGAGCGCUGCAGCGGACAUCGUCAUGCACUUAGCAGACCCAUUCCGCGGAAAACAGGGCGUCGACUACCAAGAAGUCAUUGAUGACCAGAAAGCUAUUUCUGAUGCGAUUGCCGACGGAAUCCAAGGUACUAACAAGCCGCUGGUGAUGACUUCCGGCACCCUGAUGGCUGAGGCGGACCCCAAUGGCGGAAUAACCGACGAGACUGCACCGUACCCUGAGAACCCCGUCGUUCGUCGUCACAUCGUCGAGCAAUAUGACCUAAGCCUCGCGAAGAAGGGAAUCAGAGUCUCAACCAUUCGUCUUUCGCCAUAUGUCUACGGGCGCGGUGGUAGCGGUCUUUUCCACUUCCUGCACAUUGCUGCGAAGAACAGCCAAGUUCUCGCCGUCAAUGAGGGCAAACAGCACACCUCGGCCGUACAUGUAGACGACGCCGCCCGUCUAUACAUCCUAGCCGCGCAGAAGGCGAAAGCCGGUUCCAUCUUCAACGCCACCGAAUCGACCGACCUGACUGCACGCCAAGUAUUCGAUGCCAUGGCCGAAGCGUUGCAGGUCCCUGUACAAUCUUUCACGCUCGAGGAGGCUAAGGGAAAGGUCGGUCCGUUCUUCGCGGCCUUCUUGGCUGCUGCAAGCCGUGCUUCUAGCGAGAAGGCCCAUAAAGAGUUGGGUUGGGAGAUCCAAGAGAAGGCUGGCAUCGUGGAAGAUAUCAAGACUGGUUCUUACAAGGCGCUUGCGGACCAGAUCCGAAACAAGACCGCCACCCCGUAUGCGGGGUUUUGAGCGUGUAGGCGUUCUCGCCUGAGGGGCUGGUCCGCCAAGGGUUAUCGUAUGUGUGUAUAUCGCGGGGUCCAUAUUAGUUAGUCGUAAGCUUUUCGCACAAUUAACAUCGUCAUUUCCCGUCGAAAUCGGUCCUGAAUAAGAAUAAGACUACCGUCUCUAAAGACUUUCUUGGUCAACUGAUGAUUGGUUGGGUGAUUCUUCGGAGCCACUGUGGAGCCUCCCGUGAAUUAAUGCGUUGUGUCUGGUCGUCUAUACAAUCAAACAAUCGAUUUUGAAACCCUUGAGCUGCACGAGCCAAUUGUUCCUGUCCCUUUCGUGUAGCGACACCAUUGAUUCUCCAGUGAGGCCACUUUCACCCAUAUUAUGUUCUUCCGUCGUCGCGAUAUUGUCCCUCAUUUGCCAUAUCUCUACUAAUGUCUCCAUCGUUGAUGUUACCAUCCCCCAGGGACAGA